AUGUGGUUUGCUGACAUGCUCUAUGCCAUGGAAUCCCUUGUGCCCUACAUUGGCAACAUCGACCGAGUGCAGGAAGACUGCGAUGUGUUGACUCUGACCCUCGCGAAGUAUGAGAAGGUGAACCUCAAGGAGUUCCGGUCUGUGAUGUUUGCAAGCCUUAGAUCACUCCUCCCCACCACCUGGAGCUCAGAGCAUGAAAAUGCCUGGGCAUGGUUCUGGGGCAUUGUGGAGAAGAAGGUCGAGGAGAACAAGCAGCUCCCUGUGCACAACCACCAGUGCCUCAGGAGUUUCCUUGCUCGCAUGGAUGAGGAGACCCUCGCUGACUUCAAGCUCAAGGUCUUUGAUACCUUCUUCGCAACGACUGAGGAGUCGCAGCUUUACCUGCGGGCGGCCAACAAGCGCCUGAUGUACAUCAUGGGACGGAUUCUGACGAUCAUGUCCGACAUCUACACGAAGACCCAUCAAGCGGUGAUUGCCUUGUCUGCCCUGGGGCUCCUCCACGCAGGACACGGCGUCCCCGAGGAUUUGGUACGGCCCUUCGUUCAAGCCUUCAUGGGAGGAAUCAAGGAGAACUGUCCAGACGAGUCUUUGCAUGAUGGGCUUUGGUGGACGCUGGAUCUCAUCGGCAGGAUCUUCAUCCGAACUUUGGCGGAGGGCUCAACGCCUGUGAUCAUCGCUAUUAACAGGAACACUUCCAAGGCCAUGAAGACGGCUGUCGCGAACUACCCGCGUGGGGAGCGCGAGGUAAUUUUGCUCAAGGUCCAAGUGGGAACCGAGUCCAUGUCUCCCCUCAUAUGGGCUGUUGAGAAGGGUGCCUUGGAUAGUGCCAAGGAAAUCCUCAACGACUUGCUCACCAUGCGUGCAGACCGUGCGCGGUACUACUAUGGCAUGGAAACGCUCUUCACCCGCCACUCGGACAUCAUCAGCCUGCUGUGCACCAAAGCGCCAUCCUUGCUUCCCACGUUGUUCGAUGGCCUCAUCUGGCGUUCCAAGAACGUCAAGAAUGGUCUGCGUCGCGCGAACUACUACAUCGCUUCUCUGCUGAGAGAUGAAAAUGGCCAGCUCACGGAUUCCCUCCUGGACCUGAUCAAGCAAGGAGAUCCCGAGAUCAUUUGCCAUCCUACCGUGGUCUUCCAAGCUGACCUUCUUUGGACUCGGCUUUGUUGCCUGCCCUGGGCCCUGACGAAGUGUUGGUUCUGCCUCACUCUCGUCCUUUUCGUCAUGGCGGAACAGCAAGCUAUUGUUUCAAGUGAUUCAUUGAGCACUGAUCGAUUCACAGUGAUUGCUUGCCGGGCAUUGCUAUACGUUUGCAGCCUGGGGCAGCUUUUCGCCAAGCACGCAUUCCAGACAUACAGAGCCGUUCGCCAGAAGGAGAUGAUGAGGUAUUGCUGCAUGCCGGUGCCCAAGUAUGUGCUGCGGACGCGGCAGGAGCUAAUCGAAGUUCUGCUCCUGCUCCUCCUGCUGUGCCUGCUGUGCAUUGAGCCAGCACUCCACUGUCUUGCCGUCAGCAGCGAGUUCCUCAUCGACUGCUGCGCGCACGGAGAAUGGCAAUGCAACCUCAUGCACACCUACAACCGACUCGCUGCCUUCCCCAUGAUGCUCUACUUUAUACUUGCAUCCGAGUUGGUGCACCUGAACGUUCACCUCUCCGUCUUCAGCGUGAUUUGUUCGAGCCUCAUGUGGGAGUUCAUCUUGUAUGUGGCAGUCCUCAUUUUCUUCACAGCCGCUUUCGCUUCCGCAGUUGCUUGCUUGCCGCAGUCCAUGGGCUCGGAUUCUGUUCAGAUGAGGGACUUCUUCAGCUGGCCUCUUGCCUUUGAGUCCUUGCUGUCCAUGGCUUUCAACACCUAUGGCAGUGACAACUACGAGCAGAUUGCGCAGGAAGAUGAGCCGAUGUUGAAGUGGUUCGUCAUGGGCUUCGCCGCUUGCUGGCACGUGUACCUGAUGAAUUUGAUGGUGGCCCAGCUGUGCCAGCGCUACAACGAGAUCUUCCACGAUGCACGCGGCAAUGCCCGGCUCACACGCGGCAUCAACAUCUAUGAGACGUCAAUGCCACUGAUUUCCAAGAAGCGGUGGACUGGCUUUGUCGAGUCCUUGCAUUUGGAGGAGGCUUGUGAGCUAGACGAGGGCGACAACGGACCGCGUGGUGCGGUGCCCACCACGGAGGAUCCCUACGACUACUUGCAAUACCCCAAAGUAACGCUGGACCGUGUUCAGCGAUAUGGAGGACUUGCAAAUCCCGAGCUACCAUGGCCGUCCCUGGAGGAAGCCAUCGACGACAGUGCGGUCGGCAAGUUGACGCGAAUGACGCAAGCCAAGUUUGAGGAAAUGGACCGGCUGAUGGUGGACAUGGCCAUCAAGCUCCAGGUGCGCCCUCCAGGCACCGCCGGUGGUACCAACACCUUCGCAGCAAGCCAUGCCUCCCAACAGUCCCAGCAACGCGAUGAAAGCAAGCAGGUUGAUCAUGACCAUGAUCCUGACGCAUUGAAGGAGUCGACGGAGGACGUUGCAGACGAAUUAGGUUUGAAUGAGAGGACGGCCAAUGAGCUCCUGGAGGAGCGCACGGAGGAUGGAGACAUGCGCCAGCUCAGAAAUCAGCCAUCGGGAUUUGUGAACAUUACGAAGGCCGCCGCGGCUUCGCAACAGUUGCUUCUUGCUUGGCAUGCGACCAUUUCAAUGCCACUGUUUCAAGACUUGGCGAACACCGCCUUCCCUGAUGUUUCUGAGCGUCUAGCUCAGGUCUUUGCAGACACAGAGCUUCAAGAGCAGGUCGCGCAGAAGGAGCAAUCCCUGAAAGAAGCUGAGGAGUCAAAAACACUUCUGACCACACAGUUAGCAGAAGCGGCGGAAGCCAACGAGUCCUCCACAUCAGCCAAGCUGGCUGCUGAGAAGGAAGUGGAGGAGUUGAAAGAAGCUGGGAAGCUACUGCAGGACCAGCUCCUGGAAGCUCAAGAGACCUCGAAGCGCCUCGAGGCAGAGCUGACGACCUCGAAAGAGUCCCUGGACGCUUUAGAGACGAAGCUGAAGGACUCCCAGGACAUCAAGGCCCAAGAGGAGGCGGCCGCCACGAAGGAGGAGCUGGUGUCCACGAAGGAGGCGCUGGCUGCCUCGGAGGCGAAGUUGGAGGACAACUCGGGGUUCCUGGGCCAGGAAGAGGAUUACAUGGCCACUAGCCGCCAUGUGGCUGCUGGCGUGAUGGAGCGGUAUGGGAACUCCCAACUCCAGAGCGACAAGUACAAAAUCGCAGCGACAUCGAGUUUGCGUGCCUUGCCAUUUCCACCCAGAUGUUCUUUGAAGUCCCCACUUGAAUCUGAGUAG